GACCCGGGAUCUUCGUGUUGUUGAGCGCAAACGCGAAUAGCGGGUCCAGUCCGCCUGUCAUGACUGUCUAGUGACCACAGCAGCGGUCAGUUUGACGCCCGCAGAGCACCGUGCACGCAGCCCAGAUGACAGCGUCAAGACACCGCUAAGGCUUUUGUCUCCGAGGGGAAUUUUCAAGUGCAGAAUAGGCGUCUGGAGCUUCUGGACCAGAGUACAAAAAAUUGAGCCGGUUCAUAGUCACCUACGACGCAGCGGCCAUUGCAGUGGCUAAAUGAAGAACUUGUGAACAUGCACGAGGGAAGGACUCUACCUUUCACUUCGGUGACUUCCCCAGAUGCUUUGGCCCAAAGAAAGAUGGAAAGGAAUGGGAAGAACUUGAGCCAAGGCUGCUGCACAGCACCCAUUCAGUGAGCCAACAGGAGAUCCUCCAUACGCCACGUUGCUAAGCCUCUCACCAUUCCCUUUUGACCCCUCGACCUACAAGCACCAUGACCUCUGAGCUGGAGAGUAGCCUGACCUCAAUGGACUGGCUCCCACAGCUCAGCAUGAGGGCAGCCAUCCAGAAGGCAGAUGGGGGGCACCACCACGGCCACCACCAUGGACACCACCACCACGGUCACCAUCAUGGGCAUGGGCCUGGCAAAAAAAUCACCCAUCUGGACCCAGGAACAACUCUGGACCAGGAGGAAGCUGCACAGCACAGAGACGGUAAACCACCCUACAGCUACGCUAGCUUAAUCACCUUUGCAAUCAACGGCUCGCCUCGCAAGCGGAUGACCCUCAGUGAGAUCUACCAGUGGAUUUGUGACAACUUCCCCUACUACCGAGAGGCGGGCAGCGGCUGGAAGAAUUCUAUACGACACAACCUGUCCUUGAACAAGUGUUUUCUCAAAGUGCCUCGCUCCAAAGACGACCCCGGGAAAGGUUCCUACUGGGCCAUAGACACUAAUCCUAAAGAAGACACAGUACCGAGCAGGCCAAAGAAGAGACCGCGCUCUGGAGAAAGGGCAUCAACUCCUUACAGCCUGGAGUCAGAGUCUCUGAGAAUGGACUGCAUUAUGUCAGGAGGGGCGUCACCCACGCUGGCCAUCAAUGCUGUAACCAACAAGCUAGCGCUGUACAACCCCGAGGCAGAAGGCAGUGAGAGUCCUGGGAGUCUGGGCAGCAGCCUGAGCAACAGUCUUUCAGAGCAGAAUUUGGCUUCUGUCAACCUUAACAACCUGAACACCGCUGUCAGCAGCGGCAGCAACGUACACAGCUACACACCAGUGAGUACCCACUCAGAGCCUUCGCCCCAGUCUCUGAGCCUUCAGCAACCCACCCAGCCGCCACUGCCUCCUCCUCCUCCCUCACAGCCCCAGUACAGUUUGCCCGUCCCGGAGUCACGGGAGAAGCAGCUCUGUUUCUCUGACUUUGAGGACCUCAGCGCUUCUUUCCGAAGUCUUUACAAGUGCGUCUUCGAGCAGUCCUUCCAGCAAGGUUUGAUGGGUAUGCCCGGUGAUUCCAGCCAGCAGGCCCGGACUGCCUGCUCCUACCAGCACUCUCCUGGUGCGGGAAGUGGCGGUGCCAGCCUCCACCACCAACACAACCACGGUCAGGCGUCGCACCACUCACACCACCCUCAGCAGCACGUCUCCCCUCACUCCACCCACAGCCAGCACCAGGCACACGGUCAGCAUGGCCAGCACCCUGCUCAUCCCCAGCAGCACCCGUCUCUCUCCCACCAGAGUCACACUGGACAGACCUGCCCCACGACAGGUGAAGAAGGUAUGUCAUCAGACUGGUACCCCAACCUGGACUGGCUGAAGGAGAGCUGCCGCAUUGCCACCAGCUACAACUGGGCUGACGUAGACCUGUCCCCAUUUCAAGGUCUAAAGGAGAGCAUGCGGCAGGCUGAGCUCAACAACUGGUCGCUGGACCCUGCCCAGAUGGCUGACCUGUGUUCCUCCAUUAACCAGUUCUUCACGGCCACGGGAGUCAUCCCUCCUCAGGGCGCCAUCCACCCACAACCUCAGGCUCAACACCAGACACCACCAGGAGCACCGCAGCAUCCAGCUCAGCCGCAAGGGGGGAUGCACCCAAAGGCCAGCCAGCACAAUCAGCACGGGCAACACAACCAACAUAACCAACAUAUCAGCACGGGGAACAUGUACAUGGACUCAAGACAGAGCAUUUCCUCUCUGAUGGGCCCACCGGGAUACCCCCACAUGCCUCCCAUGAGCAACACGGCUCCCACCAUGACAGGUGAUUCCUCCAUCGCUCUCCUAACAGGACAUCUCAGCCAGCUGAGCCAACAGCAGCAGCACAGGCUGCCUCUGGGACACUACCAGGUGAGACGCAUGCUCACUGCAGAUGACAUCCAGGACGACUUUGACUGGGACUCCAUCGUCUAAACUGAGCCACUGGUGGAACAGAGGGGGAGUGAGGCUGAGAAAUGAGAAAGAGACAUGCAAGGAGAGGUGUAGUAUGGAACUGGCCGACCUGCCCCUUUCACCUGUACGAAAAACAGAAGACAAUCCAACAGAAAACAAACAGAAAGUAAUUUUUCUGAUCUUGCUGGCCUUUUUUUUUUUUUCUCCGAUCCAAGUGGAUGAUAAGUCUAAAGACAAUCAUUUAAAAAAAAAAAAAAAAAAAAAGAAUAAGACUUCAAUGGGAAUGGACCAAGCCAAGAUGUAAACACACAUUGUCCUAAGGAAAAGGACAUCUGAAGCUCUCUGAAUUGUCUCAUGUUGUGUCCCCCCAGUGCCAGCAGGGUUACAAGUCGCCAAAGUGUUGUCAAAUCGUCUGUUUAAUUGUUUUCUUAAAUCUUUUGUGUUUCCUGCUACAACUUGUGUCCAAUGUUGGCAAUGUUUCAGCACCUGUGCCUGAAAUUAAUAGAAACCUUGUGUUCUCCUAAAUCCCUGCUGUAGAAAUCAUUCAGCCUGUCAUUCACACCCAUUCAGCAGGUCUCACCAUUUCAUCCUUUUCCUCCUUGUAACAUUUCUUUGUUCACAUAGUGGGCAUCUAUGUGGCUGCGGGUGUUUACAACUACAGUUAGAAGGAGGAUUUUUGAAGAAGAAAAUAAUGAUGGUCUACCUGCUUCACUUAAAUCAGUAAUGGUUGAGUGGAGCACCACCUGCUGGUUAAAACAAGCACCAUAUAGCUUAAUUUGCCUAAAAGAAAUCUAUGCACCACUUCCUUUCAUCUUUGUUCUGUCACAUUGGACGGCUGUUUUAAACUUUUUCAGUUUAUAUUAUCAUUUUAAAUGCCAUUGUUGUGUUUGUGGAACAAUCUAUGGUGCCAUGUUCUCAGGGUGUUACAUUCAUAUAUACCAUGACCAAUACAAAGCCAUUUACAUCUCUGUAUGUGAGGUUACUGCGUGUCGUACUGUGCUGUCAGUGUUCACUUCCUGUUGGCGGACAGCGAGCCUCCUGGCGACUGUGGUCAAAAAGUUGAAAAUCUUCAAAUGUCAGCUUAUAAGCUAACUGAUAGAAAAUACUGUGGAUAAGCUUUUCAGUAGCUCAAACAGCCACUAAUUAAGAUUAAAAUGAGACGCUGGCUAGACUUGGACUUAACAUAUAAUUCAUUUUUUUUAUAAUUUUGGGAAAGUGCAUAUCAAUUAUGACCAGGCAAUGAAGGUCGAGCCGUGAUUUCACGAUGCCUCAUUUAGGAGACGAGGAACGAGCAGUUUUUGCACAACACCAAACUUGACAGCAUCUAGUGAGUGAGAGAAAUAAAAGAAAACAGUGAACCUUUUUAUUUCUUUCUUUUAAAAGACAUUUACAAAAUAGAAAGGAGCAAAGACUAAACAAAAGUUUCAAAUGCUUAACUUUUUUUUUUUACCGUGAUGUUUAAUUUCAUCCGUGUGUACAAGUGUGUAUAGUCCUCCCUCAUUUCCUUUUAGCAUACAGCUUCGUACAGCUAAAAAAAACACAAAAAACAAGUAAUUUGUUUGUAUUAAGUGGGUGAUAUAUGGGACCUUAAAGUGCUCUUUGGUUUGGAAGAUCCAGUGAAUGUUUGAAUGGUCAAAACAAGGUCUCAUUGUAGAAAAAAAAAAGGAAAAAUACUCUUUAUUAUUGCCAUUAAAUGCUGUAUUACAGUGACCAGCAUAUAUAUCUUGUGUUUGUGUGUUGUUGUCUUUGUAAAUAACAGUAUGUAACUCCUUUGUUUGCCCUUGAAAAACAGAGACUGAUAAAAAGAAAACAGCAAAUGGAGAGUAUUUUGUUAUUUGUCCUUCAGGAGACACAGUAUGUACAUACCUUCAGUAUAUUGUAAAUAAGUGAUAAAAAAAACAUUGGCAUUGGCGUUUUGUGUGUCAAAUAAUCUCUGUAUGGCAGUUCAACGGUUCAAAUAUGUUUCAGUGUUUAUUAAAAUGUUAUUGACCAUUUUUACUGCA